AUGGCCCUCAAGCGCAGAGAUGCUGCCCUCGCAGGACUCGCAGCCUUCAUAGCCUGGGGCGUCGUCGCGAGCUGGCUCCCCGUCCUCCGCUGGGCGGGCCAAGCCUUUGUAGCUGGCUCCUUCGUCACCCUCGUCGUCCUCUUGGCUGCUCUUGUCCUCGUCUCGAGACAACCCAGCGACCGCAUUUCACGACCGCACGCCGCCGCCUUUCUGGGACCCAAAGCAUGGCGAUCCGAGGUGCAGGCGCUGCGCCAGCGACAAUUCUAUACCCCGGCCCCCAUAGCUCCCGAGUCACCCCGCGUCUCCGAGGCCGUCGAUGGCCUACUUGGCAUGAUAGGCCGCGACUUUGUGAGCAGCUGGUAUUCCAACAUUAGCCGCAAUCCUACCUUCUCGAACCAAGUCGACAAAGCUAUACGCCAGGCGCUGCUGAGUCUAUGCGAUUCCCUUCGUGACAAGGACCUGGCCGAGAUCGUCACCAGCCGCCUCGUCCCCAUCCUCACCGCCCACUUUCGAGACUUUUACGAGGCGGAGAAAUCAGUGCGUGGGAAGAAGCUCAACCGAUCUGUCACCGAAUCCGAAGAACUCGACUUGGCUAUUGCAUCCAAAUUCCGAGAUGGCCGCUUACACCCCGCUGCUUCGUUGUCGUUCCCCGACACCAAGAUGGUUCAGCAGGACUACCUUCGGACCCUCGUCUCAAAGGUUGUGCCUCAGAUCCUCCCCGAGACCAUGCUUUCCAGUCGAGCCGUUUCUAUCAUUAUCCGCGAGAUUGUCAGCUGUGCUGUCCUAUUCCCAGUGGUCCAACUGCUGUCCGAACCAGACACCUGGAACCAACUCAUGGAGAACCUUGGUCGUUCAAUGCUUCAGGAUAGAUCAACGGUACGCAAGCUUCGAGCAGCCUUGGACCAGCACGCCUCCCCUACACCAAAGUCCAGCAAGCUAGCUUCUAUGCCUCGAGUUGCUCCGGGAGACAGUGAGCGCAAGUUCGAAAAGUUCAUUCGCGCCAUCCGCAAGGUCAAUAACCUGUCAGAUGCCCGUCGUUUCCGCAGCGAAGUUGCCAGCCAGCUCAAGCGGGAUUCCCUCCAGGAAAAUCAAGAUCCGGUUUACCUUCGACGAUUGGAGAUGGGGAAGCGUCUUCUUGACCAGAGAGUCAACCACCUCGCAGCUGGCGGAGACCGUCAUGCCCCUGCCCCUGCUCCAGUACCAACGACUUCUUCACAUUCGAGACUGGAAAACGCAUCCCUGGUUGAGCUCUUGCGGGACUCUGCAGGGCUUUCCUACUUCAUGGAAUAUAUGGACCGCCAGCAUCUCAUGCCUCUGGUGCAAUUCUGGCUCGUGGUGGACGGCUUCAGGAACCCUCUGGAGGAUGAUGGCCAAGAUGACGAGCAUGUGCCGUCAACGCUACCCAUGUGGACAGACUCGGACCGUCAAGAUCUUCAGCAGAUUGAACAGGCAUAUCUAUCAAAGGCCGAGUUGAAGGUCCCGGACUCUUCGAAAAAGGAGGUGAGAGAGUUUAUCAAAGCAGGAAAGUCAGCCACACCGGCUCAAUAUUACAAAGCCCGUCGGGCCAUUCUAAGGGCGCAGAGUGCUGUUCUCGAAGAGAUGCAGUCACGCUUCUUCCAGAGUUUCAAGAAAUCCGACCUAUUCUACAAAUGUAUUGCAGCCCAAGAAGCAGCCAGUGCCAAUUCAGUUCGGCCAGUCCAUCAGCCAGACCCUCAGUCAUCUACGAAUACUCGAUCCAGCAAGACCUUACCAGCCAAACCGAGGCCGGUGUCACGUCUCGCCCCUCCGCUAUCCAGUUCAGGAAGGCGUACAGGCUCUGCAUCAGACCUGAAAGCGCUGACCACUAACGGCAAUGGGUCAGAUCCUCUGACGAAAGCUAGACGCUCUCUUGAUGAGAGUUCUACAAACCCCUUAUUUGACGACGAUGACAUUGACAAUGAUGGACUGGUGGAUUCUGUACAAAGCCUGGACCAGGAUACGAACAUUCAACAAUUACCAGACACGCAGGUUGUUCAGGCCGUGGAGCAGGCUCUCACCAAUAUCAUGGAAGAUAACCGGCCUCAGACUGCCGAGGACCUCCGUGCGUCUCUUUUUGGCGGUGGUGGAAGUGUUCUCGGAGGCAGUAUUGAUGACAAUGCCUCGAGCCUUUUCUCGGGAAAUGAUAACGACUCCCACCGUGGCUCCAUGGAUAUCGGGGUUAAACCCACUGUCUCGAACAAGGAGGGCGAGAAGCCAAGUCUAUCAUCUCUUGGCCUUGUUAGUGCUGCUUCAAGAAUUGGCGUUUUUGUGGACGAUGACCUAUUUGGUGAUGAAGACAAGGUUCCUGACGACGGGGAUGUUGAUGAUGGCCUACCGCCUGAUGAUGAGGAUGAAGUCCAUGAAGCAGCCCCGGGAGAUCUUGGAUUGGCAGAAGCUAUCACGGCACUUUCCAACGACAUUGAUCGUUUAGUGGCUCAGGAGGCGGUUGUGGAAUCGCUGACGCGAAAAGCAGAGUUGACCAACAACACUGCUGAGCUGCGCAUUCUGAGAAAGUCCAAGGCUAGUCUCCAGAGGGAGAUUCGACGAAAAGAGCUUCAACGGCAGCAAUAUGUGGUUCAGGAGAGUGACAACAGUCUCUACGGCCGCUCAACGAUCAAGAUCAAGUCCAUCCAAGUGGGCAAGGAGGAGGACGGCAGAGAAUUUGCUCUGUAUGUCAUCGAGGUUCAGAGAAAUGCCGGAGAGCAGAUGCCCGCAGCAUCAUGGGUGAUUUCGCGGCGAUACAGCGAGUUCCACGAACUUCACCAAAAGCUACGGUCCCGAUAUCCGUCGGUGCGAGAUCUCGACUUUCCGCGGCGGCGCAUGGUGAUGAAGUUUCAGAGCGAGUUCCUACGAAAACGGCGGGCUGCCCUGGAGAAGUACAUGCGAGAGCUGCUUCUGCUACCCGAGGUCUGCCGGAGUCGAGAUCUCCGGGCUUUCCUCUCGCAGAGCGUAAUUGCGCAAGGUCAGGACAUUCUAGACCGCGAGGAUAAGAAGGAUAUGAUGACGCGUCUAUACGACUCAGUGGCGGACGGGAUGGAUGACAUUCUGGGAAAUAUCCCUGUCUUGGAUCAGAUCUCAGUUGCUGGCCAGAAUCUGAUUGCUGCAGCUACGAACCAGCUCAAUACUGUGCCGCUCAACGUCAACGAAGAUACGUUCCCGGCUGCCGAGGCCGAGGCCGAGCUGAACGCCUUUGAGAAUAAAGAGCUCGAGCCGUUCAUCAAACCAAUCUGCGACAUUUUCCUCGAAGUCUUUGAGCUCAACAAGGGGAACAAUUGGCUCCGCGGUAGAGCUGUAGUAGUCGUUCUUCAACAACUCCUAGGCGGCACGAUUGAGAGAAAGGUGCGAGACAAUGUCAAGAUGCUCGUGCAAGAAGACUCUCUGCUGCGCUACAUUGGGCUGGUACAAGACAGUCUCUGGCCUGGGGGUCAGCUGCAGCGAGACCGCAAGCCGCGCACGUCGAUUGAGAAGAAAAAGACACGCACGGAAGCGAGUCUGAUGCUGGCCACGCUCGUACCAGAUCUUGCCGGAAGCGUUGUAGGAAGAGUCAAUGCGCAAGCGGCAAGUCGGCGCAUUUUUGCGACAUUGAACAACUCGAGGUUAAACGCACACCUGGUAUUCACAAUGAUUGAUGAAAUUGUUUCAGUCAUCUUUGAAGAGCUCUGA